GUUAAGUAGCGUUAUUAACUAGAGUUUGAAACAGUUUCCGUCAGUCGUUAUAUCUUGCACGAGUAUGUGGGUGACUUUAGCCAUUGUUUGUGUGUUGGUCUUUCUAAUUUGGAGUCUGACCGGACGACGGAAGGGACUCCCACCAGGUCCGACAUGUUAUCCAAUCAUAGGGAAUGUCGGACUCAUCAAACCGUCAGAAGCCGUGAAAGAUCAUAGAAGACUAAGGAAGAUUUACGGAGAUUUCUACUCCUUAAUGAUCUUCCAUAGACCUGUCAUUUUCAUCCAUGGUCUCCAUAACAUACGGGAACUUUUGGUCAAACACGGGGAUGUGUUCUCAGACAGACCAAAGGUGUUUCCAUCUGAAGUCCUUGCUAAAAGAAAAGGUUUGGCCUGGUCUUCUGGGUCAUUGUGGAAGGAACAGAGAACAUUUGCUCUGACAACGAUGCGAAAAUUUGGAUUUGGAAGACGAUGUCUCCAAAGCCAAGUGAUGGAGGAAGUGGACUGUUUGAUGGAAGAGUUUGAAAAAUACGAAGGUCAACCAUUUGACAUCCGAGAACAACUAAAAACAAGUGUAUCAAACGUCAUUUGCUCACUUCUGUUCGGGAAAAGGUUCGACUAUGAAGACGCCAAAUUCAAGCGAUUAUUAAAUUUGUUUAAUACUCUAAUAGCAGUCUUAAACUUCUCGUCCCCAGCAUUCAUCUUUCCGGAAUUAGCAAGUUUUAAAAUUUUUAAUUUUGACAAAGCAGCCCCAAUUAUCAAAGCCCUGAAUGACUUUGUUGCUGAAAAGGUGGAGGAACACAGGAAAAAUUUUGACGAGAACAACAUAAAUGAUUAUAUUGAUGCCUACAUCGCAGAACAGAAACGUAGGACGAGUGAGAUCAAUACCACAUUCACAGACGAACAACUCGCUGGUUCUGUUCGCGACUUUUUCACUGCUGGGACAGAAACGACAUCUUUAACACUGAGAUGGGCUCUUUUGUAUUUGAUUCAUUAUCCCGAGAUACAAGAGCAACUCAAAAAGGACAUUGAUAGCGUUAUAGGCCAAGGUCAACCCAACAUGGAGCACAAAGAGCAAUUGCCAAGGGUGGAGGUAUUUCUUCUAGAGGUACAACGCGUGGCGAACAUUCUUCCAUUGAAUCUGCCUCAUACAACCAGCGAAGACAUUUGGUACAAAGGAUAUAUCUUCCCAAAAGGUGCAGUUAUGUUUUUUCUGAUAGAUUCUGUGCUGUCUGAUCCUGAAAUCUUCCCAGAACCAGCCAAAUUCAACCCACAAAGAUUUUUGGAUGAGAACGGAAAGCUGUCUGUGGAGAAGAAAGAGAAAGUGACUGCAUUCUCAACUGGUCGCAGGAUGUGUCUUGGAGAGCCACUCGCGAAAAUGGAGCUAUUUCUAUUUUUGACAAGAGUCCUGCAGAGAUUUGACGUAAAGCCAGAAAACCCUGAUUGUUUACCUUCCCUUAAAGGAACAUUUGGAGCAACCAAUGCCACUAAACCAUUCAAACUGAGGCUUGUCAAACGUUGAGAACUUUAGGGUUAAC